AUGGGUAUGGCGAAUACCUGCAUGCUGGCCAGCCUCAACAUGUCCUCGGACGGAAUAGCGACGUUGCGCAAGAUCCCACCGGGAGUGUUCUAUGCGAUCAGCGUCGAACUGGUCCGGAUGCCGGAAAACCCAUCCGGGGUGUUCCUUCAGCGUAUGGCCGAGUUUGUCAACAAGAUUGAGAUUUACAAGUACAACGAGCAAGUGUUUCAGAUAUUGCCCGGUACUAGCUUGAAUGUGAUUUCUGUCUAUACCGCACCGUCACUGAACCAGGUGGUGAUUGCGCCUAGCUUAAAUAUAUCUGAGCUGUACAUUGGCGUCUGUCCGUUGGUUCACAUUCCACCGACGAUCCGUAACCUGGAACUAUUGGAAGAUUUCACUAUAACGCGGUGUACGGUAAAGGAGUUUUCAUUUGAUCUUUUCACCAACAAUCUCAAGCUUGAUACGCUCGAUUUGAGUUUCAACGAGAUUCGCUCGAUUGUGCCUACGACCAUCAAAACACCGUUCACGUUAGCCAUCGAGAACUUGUACCUGCACAAUAACCUACUAGAGGCACUUGAUAUGACCGCGUUCGUCUCUCUGGGAGCGUUACGUGGGCUCGAUCUAGGCUACAACAACCUGCUAACCAUCGCCGCUCAAAGCACCGUAACCUGGCCGGCCGUCGACUUUUUGAACCUACAGAACAACAAUCUGACAACGCUCGAUUUACAGUGGCUAUCGGCACCGAACCUGCAGCGACUCCUUCUCGACAACAACAAGUUCCAGGCUAUACCGCAGCGCUUGCGACGCUUCCCCAGCCUGCAGCUGGUGGCGAUGUCGAACAAUCUGCUCAAAAGCAUAGACCUCGCUCCGUUCAAUGGCCUGCCCAAUCUGAACUCGAUCGACCUCUCGUACAACAAGGAGGCCCGCGGCAUUCGAGCGUCGCGUCCCGUCAGCCUACCGAUGUUGACCACACUGUACGCCGAGAACUGUGCGCUCGCGCGCUUCAACACGUCCGGUUUGGAUCUGCCGGCCAUUAACUACAUCAGCUUAUCGCACAACAAUUUCACGACCGUACCAAGGCUGGUCGCGGCAUUCCCUGCGCUCGGUUCGUUCGGUUUGGAGUACAAUCCGCUACCGUGUACCACCGUACAGGCAUUGACGGAGAACAUCAUGGCGGGUAGGCUCAUUUUAGGACUACCGCAGGACCCGGAGGAUUGCACUAGCGGGUAUGUCACUCUGAAAGGAUCGCUAACGUUGUGCUGUAAGAAAUAA